AUGUCUGCUGAGAAUUCGACAGUUUCGGGGGUUCCCGAUCCAAAUCAUUCGAGUGGAGAUUCUUUGCUAGCAGGAACUCCCGCUACGGCCUAUGUCACCGUUCGUGCGUCCAACGAGGAGAAAGCGAGAAAUUCGGGAAAAGAUUCCGAGAGUUUCCUUGUUGGAGAUACUAACCUAACCGCUGGACAGAGUGGUGGAGCAGAGAAUCGCAACACAGAAUGUAAUCCGACUGCUCCGAAAGCUGAUGCACCUAAUCGUGGUCGAAGCUUGGCGAAAGAUAAUCCAGGCCUUCGCAAUAGAGGAAGUUCGCCGAUGUCACUCACGGGAGCUGCAAGACUGAUUGCGAUGCGCAGAGGUUUUAUUGGAUAUCGCCGUCAUCCCACUCCGUUCCCCUCCAAAAAUCGUCGUCGCAACAAAAAGUAA